GCAACUCUCUCACCAAUCGACAGGGGGCAAUACUAAGCGCGAUGGCCGAUUGUAACGUAAAAAGAAGAAGCAGUGGUGGGCUCUCAGUGGUAGAGCCGUUUGUGACAAUGGAUCAGAAGAUUCCCUAUGAUGACUACCAGCUCCCUGUGGUCUUCCUGCCCUCUUAUGAGAACCCACCAGCAUGGAUUCCUCCUCAAGAGCGGGUACGCCACCCCGACUACAACAAUGAGCUGACCCAGUUCCUCCCUCGCACCGUGGUCUUGAAGAAACCUCCGGGAGCGCAGCUGGGCUUCAACAUCCGCGGUGGCAAGGCCUCGCAGCUGGGAAUCUUCAUAUCCAAGGUGGUUCCAGACUCUGAUGCCCACCGAGCAGGACUGCAGGAAGGAGACCAAGUUCUUUCCGUCAACGAGGUGGACUUCCAAGACAUUGAACAUUCCAGAGCUGUGGAUAUUUUAAAGACCGCACGCGAAAUCCUGAUGAGGGUCCGCUUCUUCCCUUACAACUACCAGAGGCAGAAGGAGAGGACUGUCCACUAGGUGGCACCAGAGAGCCAGAAACGAAGGACUGUGCGUGAUGCGUCGCUGUGACGCCAUUGACCCUCACACACGCACACACACACACACACACACACACACACACACAAACCCACUUUUUGUGACUCACGGCCUUGCUCAGUCAUCUUAACACUGACUCAGUUUCACUGGAGCGGUUCAUGUAGCUCAUUUGCAUAUCUGAACUCACACAAAUCUAUGAAGUCAAUAGAGCGUCACUUUAACGAGGCUUUUAAGUCAAAGAGAUGUGCAGUUUUAGACCAGCUCAUAUGUGCAGAAAUAUCGGCUAAUCUAGGUAGAAAUGCAUGUGUGUGUGUGUGUGUGUGUGAAAUGUAAAUAUCAAGGUACCACACACAACAAAAAAAAUACUAAUAAAGACAGCAGGAGCUUUCUGUGAAAGUCAACUCAUCCAAUAUGUCAAGAAUGACACUCUUGUACAUGCAGUUUUUACAUAUUGUAAAUAGAUGACAGCCUUACUACAUAAUUAUAAGUAUUUAUGAUUUGCCAUGUUGGAUUUGAUUGAUACGCCACUGGAUAUUUUUGAAAGAUUGCGGUAGCACCGUUUCUUUCCUGCCACUUUUCUCACCCUCAUGUCAUGAUUUUUUCCUCUGUACCUUUUAAAAAUAUAUAUAAAAUCAUUUUUCAAAAGUCA